UAGAAGCAGUCUAGUCCCGACUUCUCAAGGGUCUCAUCCGAUAAACUUAUGCCUUUUGCACAGACUCCCGAGUUCUCCAUUUGGUGCCGAAUCGAAACAGUAAAUAUCUUGGUCACACAUUGCCUUUACGACCGACCAUGUAAGUCUCACCUCAACCUGAAGGCCCCCCUGCUCUUUGAGGCUUUUGCACAGACGUUCAUCCUUCUAAUCGUUUCCUAUAUCGAAUUGCAUCCUCUCGUCGACAUACCAAGGUCUGUGCGGAGGCAGAUUGAAACCCUACAGGGUCCCAACCAUCUGAUUACGAACCAUGCAAAUAUCGCUGUCACCACAAUCAAUCCAUAUCUCACAUGUUCAUACUGCUGUAAUCGGCUGCUCUUCCCGCAAUACACGAUUUCACAGCCAUCAUAUUCGCAGGUUGUGCAAAUCACAAUUGACCUCAUUGUACGGUAA